GUAGCGUGGGGGCGGGGCUUCGUGCCGGAAGUGGCCGGCCCCGGGUUGUUUCGGUUUGCACUCGAGCGGAGGAGAUGCUCGGGGAGUCCGAGCGGAGUGAGCCGGAGGACGGCUGAGAGCGAGGGGCGCGGGGUGGAGCCGGCGCCGGGCGGCCGGCCCGCAGUCAGACCAUGAGCUACACCAGGCACUGGGGGGAGUGGUUCCUGAACCUGCGGGUGCCCCCCGCCGGGGUGUUCGGCGUGGCCUUCCUGGCCCGGGUCGCCCUGGUUUUCUACGGUGUCUUCCAGGACCGGACCCUGCUCGUGAGGUACACCGACAUCGACUACCACGUGUUCACGGACGCCGCGCGCUUCGUCACGGAGGGGCGCUCCCCUUACCUGAGGGCGACGUAUCGCUACACCCCGCUCCUGAGUUGGCUCCUCACGCCCAACAUCUACCUGGGCGACCUCUUCGGCAAGUUCCUCUUCAUCAGCUGCGAUCUCCUCACCGCCUUCCUCGUGUACCGCCUGCUGCUGCUCAAGGGGCUGGGGCGCCGCCAGGCCUGUGGCUACUGCGUCUUCUGGCUGCUGAACCCCUUACCCAUGGCGGUGUCGAGCCGGGGCAACGCCGACUCCAUCGUCGCCUCCCUGGUGCUCACGGCCCUGUACUUAAUCGAGAAGCGCCUCAUCGCGAGUGCCGCGGUGUUGUACGGGUUCGCGGUGCACAUGAAGAUGUAUCCGGUGACCUACAUCCUCCCCAUAGCGCUCCACUUGCGACCCGAGCGCGAGAGUGACGAGAGUCUCCGGCAAGCCCGCUACUCUUUCCAGGCCCGGCUGUACGACUUCCUCAGGAGGCUGUGUAGCUGGGCCGUGCUGCUCUUCGUAGCGGUGGCGGGACUCACGUUUUUGGCCCUGAGCUUCGGUUUUUACUAUAAGUACGGCUGGGAGUUUUUGGAGCACACCUACUUGUAUCACCUGACUAGAAGGGAUAUCCGCCACAACUUCUCUCCGUACUUCUAUAUGCUGUAUUUGACGGCAGAGAGCAAGUGGAGUUUCACCCUGGGGAUUGCUGCAUUCCUGCCACAGUUCAUCUUGCUUUCAGCCGUGUCUUUCGCCUAUUACAGAGAUCUUGUCUUCUGUUGUUUUCUUCAUACAUCCAUUUUUGUGACUUUUAACAAAGUGUGCACCUCUCAGUACUUUCUUUGGUACCUCUGCCUUCUGCCUCUGGUGAUGCCACUCGUGAGAAUGCCUUGGAAAAGAGCCAUAGUCCUCUUACUGUUGUGGUUUAUAGGGCAGGCCUUAUGGCUGGCCCCUGCCUAUGUUCUAGAGUUUCAAGGAAAGAACACCUUCCUGUUCAUUUGGUUAGCUGGUUUGUUCUUUCUCCUGAUCAACUGUUCCAUACUGAUUCAGAUUAUUUCCCAUUACAAGGAGGAGCGCCUAAUAGAGAGACUCAAAUAUGACUAAUGUGUGUUCUGGAUCUUCUGCAACUUCUAUUACAUUCUGAUUGUUGUGUAUGGACUAGAAAAGCUGUGGAAGUUUUUCCUCCCUGAACAUUCUAAGCACUCCAGUGAAAGUUCCUUGGUUCCAAUAGAAAUUAAAACCAGUGUUGGCCUUAUAUGUAAAGGGGACCCGAUAGUCAAAGUCCAUCGUCUAGAAAGUCUUAGGACUCAUUUGUUUGAUGAAAAGUAGAGGUUUCUUGUUUGGCUGUUGAAAAGCCGAUGAACCUAGAAGAUGCUGAAAUGUUUUUGUACAGUAGAGAAAUAGACAAAAGGUUUCCAGCAGUGUUUGUUCCCGUUACAGUGUGCUGCUGCUGUACCUCAGCCCACCUUUUCUUUCUACAGUUCCGACAGCUGUGAAGAUUUACCAAGUUCCCAAAGUACAGCAUUUUUACAUAUAGAGUAUUAACACUACCAUGCUUAAUUGGGAAAGUGUUAAAUUUUUGUAUUAAAUGUCGGGGCUUAGAGAUAAACAAUCCAAAGAAUUUAAAUUGUGAUUAUGUAUUUGUUUUGUAAUACAGUUUUUCAGCGAUAGUACCAUUGGUAUUCAUUUUACACAAAAAGAUUAAAUUUAAACUCAUCCAUCUUUAGACCCGAGUUUUUAAAAAAGAAAUUGAACACUUACGAUAUUUAUAUACUUACCCUUUUUCUAAUUGCUAAAAAGAUUUUCAUCUAGGGUUUAAGCUGAGUAUUGUCUGUUUUAAAAGUAGUAGAAUUUAGGUGAUAAAACCUACAAGUUUUGGUAAAAUUCCAUUUGCUCUAGUCUGGUUUUUAUCACCUAAAUUGUUAUAUUGUUCAUAAGGCGUCUCCCAGUUUAAAUCCCACACUCUGAAAAUUCCGUGACGGGAAGGCAGGCAGACUCCUGGAAAGCGUAAGGGCAUCCUUAGGACUCACUGGUCUAGAUGAAGAGGCUGCAAGGGACGUGAGGAAUUGCGGAAAUGAGGCUUUGGUGGGCAAGUCUUUUUACUUACCACUUUAACAUUUCUUGGGGAGGGGCUGCUUUCUCAACUGUAUGAAUAAGCAUCCUGGAAUAUUUUUAGAAAAGACAGAGCCCAUCUAAGUUGAGGGCUUCCUACAGUCAGUCAGUAGAUGAGUGCGGUUUUGUGAUCAUGAUCUAAAAAAACUAGUACAUUGUUUUUUCAGAGUUAAAAAUAACAACAACCACAAAUUCCUGAAAACAAAUAUUGCUCUAGAAAAGUAGGGGUUUUUGUUUUUGUUUUUUAUUUUGUUUUUUUUUAAUGUCAAGGCAAGCCUAAAAAGCCUCUGAGGAUAAAGUAUUUAUAGGCCGGUCAAGUUUCCUAUUCCUCCCGAACUCAUAACUCAAGAGCCCAUUGUUUAAGACAGUUUAGUGGCGUUCCAAGUAUGGUACAUGACCCUUUAAAAAUUAUUAUUAUGGGCAUUAAAACCAGGGCCUCAGCAUUCUAGGCAAAUAUUCUGCCACUGAGCUAUGUAUCCAACUCCAAGUGAAUUUUUGAAGGGAAAAUUUGAGGAAGGAAAGUAUACUGCAGGUGUUUGUAUAGGCCUGACUUCUUUUGUUGUUAGACAAUCUUAGUCCAGGCUGGCCUCAGACUUACUUUAUAGUCCAAGAUAACCUCAGCCUCCUGAUCCUCAUGCCUCUACCUCCCAAGGGCUGAGAUCACAGUCCUGUGUCACUGUGCCUGGCUCAGAAAUUCUUUAUCAAAGAAAUGCAAGUGUUUCUUAAGAGAUGCAGUUUAUUUGCUGCGAAACAUUUAUUUUUUUAUUACUUGUUUUAUGUAUAUUGUUGUUUUGCAUGUAUGUCUGUGUAUCAUGUGCCCAAAGUACCCAGAAGAGGGCACUGAAUUUCCUAGAACUAGAGUUACAGAUGGUGUUGAGCCACUGUGUGGGUGCUAGGAAUCAAACCAGAUUCCUCUGGAAGAGCAGGCAGUACUCUUAACCACUGAGCCAACUCUCUAGCUCCCUGUUGCAAAACAUUUAAUAAGUUAAUUGGAGAAAUGACUUGAUUUGGUCUCAUGGAUUUUUACCUUUUUUGUUGUUGUUUGUUUUUCGAGACAGAGUUUCUCUGUAUAGUUUUGGUGCCUGUCCUGGACCUUGCUCUGUAGACCAGGCUGGCCUUGAACUCACAAAAGAUCUGCCUGGCUCUGUCUCCUGAGUGCUGGGAUUAAAGGUGUGCGCCCCUGCUGCCUGGCCUGGAUUUUACUUUUGCUUUGCGGCUUUUAAAAUUUUUAUUUGGGGACGAGGCACAAGUAUCAUGGCCUGUGUGUGGAGGGCAGAUGCACCUGUGACGUCAGAGGAAAACUUGUGGCAGUUAGCUUUCCUCUUUCCACUGUGCUGGCCCUGGGGAUCAAACUUGGGUUGUCAGCCUUGGCAGCAGGUGAGCUGUGGAUCGCUUUAGCUUAUUUUCAUUGAUGAUACCUGUUGUUUCCUUAUUAGUCCUUGAGUAAUUCGUUAAAUUGUGUAUCUCUUUGCCUUAUUUUCUGCAUAAUUCUCUUGUUCCUAUACUACCUACAUUGUCUUUCUGUCACUGUAGCAAAGGCCUCGUGUAAAUCAGCUUGUAGAGAGAAAGGGCUUAUUUGGAGCCAUGGAUUUAGAAGUUUCAGUUGGAGAUUGGUUGGCCCUGUUGCUUCAGGCCUGUAACGAGGUAGCAUAUUGUGGCAGGGAGAACAUGCUAAGACAAAUUAUUCACCUCACUGGGGGUGCAGAAGAUAGGAAGAGACAGGGGUUUUUAGUUCCCUUUGAGGGCUCCCCAAUCCCUUAAAGUCUCCCUUUGGGCAUGACCUAGUUUCCACAGCUUCCCAAUAGUGCCACAGGUAAGGGAGCAAGCUUUUGUUACAUGGGCCUUUGUGAGGAGAGUUCAGGUCCAUGCUACAGCAUCACUGUGUAAAACUGGUAAGACUGAUUUACAGACAAGCAUUAGUUAUUAGAUUAAGAGUAAUGUUCUCCAGAUAGUGUUCUAAACAGAGCACUGUGUAUUUUCUUCUGUAACUGCUUUUUUGAUGUCUCCAAAAUGACCUUAAAGGCCUCAAGUUAAAUUCCCUGGGUUAGGUUCAUUAUUGUCUUCGUUUUGUUUUGUUGUUGUUGCUGUAAGAGAUAGGGUCUCCUGUAACCCAGGCUGCCCUCAAACUUGCUAUGUAAAGAGGCUGGCCUUGAACUCCUUAGCCUCUUGAAUCUACCUCCCAAGUACUGGGAUUAACAGGUGUGCUGGUUGUUUGGAUUAGUUUCUUUGGAAAAGCUGUGAUAAUCAUCCACUACUGCCAACUCAGCAAAAGAACUCUUAAAACCAUGGAUCGCAGUUACUGACUUCUCACCAUCCGGGUUUUAUAAGUAAUGUAAUAAUGUUUGAUAAGUUGUGUAAAACUUGUCCUUUAAUUAAUUUAUGGCUGAAUAUAUUGUUUUAUUUUUGA